AUGGACAAGGAGGCACCCAGCGAUCUAUGCAGCUUGGAACACAUGGAACCACAGAAGAUUUCCAGCAAAAUAUCAGAUCUAGACAAGUGGAGAAAGAUCUUUAGUUUCUAUGGAUUGGAAAUCAGCCAUACAACCCAUCAGAUGCGCCAAGACCACAAAAUGGAGGAUGACAAAGAGGAUGCAGCUGCAGCAUCUCAAAUCAAAAAUUCCCUAAAACACAGCCGGUUUCCAUCCAAUAUUCUUUAUUCAAUUCCCAAAGCUCUCAUAGUCUCAUCGAACCUAGGAGGGCGGCCCAUCUCCCUGGAGAUGGCAGUGGGACUACGUAAGAUGUUAUUUGGAAGCACAUUCCAAGUCUUCAGCUAUGAAUGGAAAACAGCAUAUUUCAGAUUCAAUUAUCCAUAUACUGACUUGGCCUAUGCACUGGAGACAGAUAAGGGAGGAGGAGCCGCUGUUCAGAUGGCUGUUCAGAUGAACAUUAUUAAAUACUUACUGUUUGUACAAAAUAACGAUGAAAAUAUGGACCUGCAAAGUUUAUGUGAAGUAAGCCAAAAAGAACAAGAAAAGGCUCUUGCAACAUCCCUGGUGGAUAUUCUGUGGACAGCAGGAGAUGGUCAGAAAGCUACUGUUUGUCUUGUCACCAAUGACACUUAUUUUACUCCAAGUAUAGAUUACAAAGAGGAUCACUUUACCGAAAGAGCAAUUCUGAACAUCAUCUUAACAGGCAGAGCAAGCCCACAUGUGUUUAAUGGGUUCCAGAAAGUUGACAAUGAGGGCAGCGUGCUAAAGCAGCUGCAUGGAGUCUUGUCUCGCAGUGAGGUAGGCUAUUUGCACUGGAGCAAGGAAGAAGUGGAACAUCGCAGCCUCCCACAGGUUGGAAGUAUGCUGAAGACUCCUAAAUUGCCUAUAUGGUUGUGCAACAUCAAUAGAACAUACAGUGUUCUUUUCAGCACUAACAGGUUGCUCUUGUCUGACUGGAAAAUGGAACACCUCUUUGAUUUGUAUUUUUAUAAUGGGCAGCCCUCACAGAAGACAACAGUGCAUCUAACAGUAGACACUCAUUCUCAUCAUUGGGAAGAAAAGCACUGUGAGGAGGAUGGUGCUUCAGAAAAGAGACUCCCUUCUGUCAAAAUGGCAAUCCGAACUAAGUGGGAGGGUGCUGCUGUCAACUGGAACGGGACGGUCCCAUUCUUCUGAUUAAAGCAAGCAUAGGUGCAGAUGCCAUCCAGAUUCUGAUCCACAGGAUCUCUCGCUUGAACCCUGCAAUCUAAACCUGGAGGAAGAGAGGGAAGAAAAUUGCUACCAGCAGGCCAAAUGUUGACAGCUUAAUGGGUCUGCCAGCUUGGCCUUCUGAUUUCCAUUUUAAAUUAACAGUAAAUAAAUGAGGUGCACAUGAGAUAAGCUAACAGCAAACUGUGCAACAUACACACACAUAACUCUGCGAGCUAAACACAGAGUAGACAUCAAAUUGGAGUACACCGUUACAGUUUUAUACACACAUACACAUAGUGCUAUGACCUUUUGCUUCUCCCACCAGCUGUGAAGACAUAUCUUAGAAGAAUGCUGCUUGUCACAGAAAUAUAAUUGGUGUGAAAUGACUGAGGACCUGUUAGGUCUAUAAGGUCUGUUAGGAAUGUUGGAAGUGACAGAAUGAAGUCAUGAUCCUGCCAUUUCAUACAUUUAUGAUGACUUCUCCCUGUCAUUAAAAGUUUCUGCUAUUUCUGUCACUGACAAUUACUGCUAUUUAAACACCAAAACCAGGUUUCACAAUCUAUAGCAUACAGAUGUCCUAGCCCAAAGGUCUUCGAGUUGGGAACUCUGCAAUCUGUUCCUAGGCAGCAUAUUUAUUUGGAACUAAAUUUAAUUGAAAUCAGUGGAAAUGUGGUGGAGCAUGAGUGAAGGGGCAUUUUAAACAUGAUAAACAUGUAGAUAAACAUACAGUGAUGAGUGUUAACAGGGAAUGUGAGUCUGGUAGUCCUACAUAUGCUUUGAAAAGGGAAAAAGUUACUUUUGGCUUUUGAAGGGAGAGAGGGAAGUGGCUCAAUAAGUGGGUUGGAUAUGGGAGGUAGAAUAAGGUAACUUAGGCAAAUGGAUAGAGGCAUCCUUUUUUCUGUAUUAAAAACACUGGUGACAAAGAGAGCCAUUGGUCAAUAAAAGCUUUGAUACAAAUUAUUAUUAAAAGAAAAGGUCUUGGUAAGAAAGUUGUGGGAGAGGCAUAAUACAAUUCAAGGAUGUAAACUGAGUACUAUGAAUAAUGUGCAUUUCUGGAGGAAACACGAGUAUGAAACAUUUUAAAGAAGUAAAAUGAAU